CAAUGGUGUCUGCUAAAAUCAGUUGACGAAAUAUUAACCCAUUAGUGUUCUCUACAUGAGGGGACUUACGGGUUUGAAAUGCGACUGUUACAUUUACUCAUUGUGUACCUCCUUGGCAUAGCUGUUAUGUGUGCAUUUAUCGUGGAUUUAAUUGAUUCAAGAACUGGGAACGAUCACGUUGCCAAACAAAAUGAUGCUGAGAAGAAUGAAGAAAAAAUGGGUGAUAAGUAUGAUAGAGUGUUUUGGGUUGUACAGAUUUCAGAUUUCCACAUCAGCAAGUUUUAUGACAAACAACGAGCGCCAGAUGUAGUGAGAUUUUGCAGAGACUACCUGAGUGUGAUCAAACCUGACAUUGUGCUGGCCACAGGGGAUCUUGUUGAUGCGAAGGAAAAAGAUGGCCGAGGAUCACGCCAGUAUCGGGCAGAGUGGGAGGAGUACCACAAGACCAUGAGGGAAUGUAGCAAGUUCCACAACGCCAGAUGGCUGGACAUCAGGGGAAACCAUGAUGCAUUUGAUGUGCCAGAUCUACAAAGUCAACAGAACUUGUACAGACAGUACUCGGCGCAGGGCCUGGAGCACACGACAUCCUACAAGUAUGUUCACACCACCAAGUACGGCAAAUACUCCUUCAUCUCCGUGGACGCAUGUCCAGAUCCAGGCCCUCGCAGGCCAUUCAACUUCUUUGGUCAGCUGAAUGACGAUCGUGUGACAGAGCUUCAGAGACAUACAGAUGAAACGAAAGACAGUAAUCAGACUGUGUGGUUUGGUCACUACCCCACCUCCCUCAUAGUGCAGGAUCCACCAGGUGUCAAGCACAUCAUGAGGCGAGGGAUUGUCUACCUUUGUGGCCACCUGCACACCCUGAACGGCCUGAUGCCGAACAUGUACACUCGACACAAGACCGGCAUGCUGGAGUUGGAACUGGGAGAUUGGAAGGACAACAGGAUAUUCCGUAUCCUGGUGUUUGAUCACGACAUCAUGUCCUUCCUUGAUGCCAGCCUGGGAGAGUGGCCGCUUGUCAUCAUCACCAACCCCAAGGAUGCCCUGUUCCAGGCCGAGUCUCACGAACCUCUGUACAGACAGAGGGGGUCAACACAUAUCAGGAUCCUCAUAUUCCACACAGUGACGAUAGACUCAGUGUCAGUGUAUAUAGACAACCGUUUCCUUGGCAAUGCUCAUCAUGUUGAAGGUCCCCUGUAUGUCUUUCAAUGGAACCCCCUGUCCUACAGCACAGCCAUCCACAGUAUUAGAGUCACAGUAGAGGAUAUCGAGGGCAAAAAGAAGAAUGUUCAACAGCCAUUCUCACUGGACGGCAGCCGGCCAGACUUCCUCUUUGCACCUCGUAUUCUCCUCAUGAUGAACAUCUCCUCUGUGGGCAAGGUGAUAUACGCUGCUAUGGUGUUUGUAUACAUACUAUUCUUAGGCUUCCUGCGGCAGUGCUCAAACAUAAGGAACUUCUUUUUUGAAGGGGAGUCUCUGCUGGAGUAUUAUGUGAACCGGUGGCUGUGGAAGUUAUGGCUGACAGCAAGAACUAACAGCAUUUACUAUCCUGUACUUGGUGCUAUUCUGUAUGUAACAUUUGGUCCCUGGUUUGUGGGAGACUUCCUGGAGAACCACACCGGCUUGCUGUUUGUGUGGGGGAUGUAUGUACAUGGCACGUUCAUCCCGGGGAGCCACACAUACUUCUAUGGUAUUUUCCAUGUGAUAACUUUCCAUGUCCCCCUCCUCCUGCAUCUCAGCCACUCGCUGGAUCUUCUCUACUUGGCAAGUGGAAACCUACAGGAGGUCAAAGUCCGCCGAAUAACACCAUUCCAACGAAUCACCCAGACAUAUCUUCCAUUCGCUAUUAUGUUCCUCUUGCAACUAUUCAUAACCGCCACAGAGUUCCCGCGGGCAUACGGGACCAAGGCUAUAACCCUAGGGCCUGUACGGACAGGGUCUUUGUUCCUAAUGUCCUACCUACAGUAUUCCUUGUUUCACGUACCCCUUCAGCGAGUACAGGGCAUUAACUACAGCUGAUUAUGACUGUUUUAGGGUUUUAUUUAUGUCCAUAGUAAAGACAUUGAGUGACAGGACUUGUAGUUUUACAUUUGUGCACUGGUUAUCCCUUUGUUUUAUACAUGAAAUUAUGGAAGAUGUUUUUAAUUGUUCAUGGUAGUGUUGUUGCAAUUCACUGGUACACUGGUGCAUCGACGGCAUACUUUGGAUGAUACGAUAUCCGAUGCAUUAAAUCAACAGAAUAGUUGACUUGACUCAGUGUCGUGUCGAUGGAUAUUAGUCAAUUGUCUUUCUUUGUCAAUCAACAAGACGACUGACGUUAAGCCCACCAAAAAUGUCCAAUUUGGAACUUGUGGAAAGCAUUUUUAAUUGGUAUGGAAAUAAUAUCAGACUUGUUCAAUGGCUAAUAACUAGCCUUUUUUCUUUUUUGCACAAGCAGGUUUUCGAUUUCAGAAAUGUUCAAGUACAUAUAUGAUAUAUAUAUGUAUGUAUGACUGAAGUGAGUGAUAAAGGACGAUUUAUCUAUUUCCCCCAACUUAAUUUAUUACAUGUCUUCAUAUAUAAUAGACCUCAUUUAAAUCAAUUUAAAACGUGUAUUGGAAUAUGUUAACAUAAAAAAAAAUAAAAGAUUGCAUUGAUCUUGAAAAUAUCCCAUUUGUUUGGGAUUUUCUUUCAUAUUCUGUUUCACGCAGAAUAUUUCUUACAUAUACAUGUGUCCUUGUCAGAGGCCUAUGUUUGAAAUAUGAUGACAAACAGUCUCAUUAAAAUCCUAUCUUUUACUCUGAUGCCAUGCCUCUCUGUGUCAAGAUCUGAGGACACUUCCAUAUAAGGUUGCGGCAGGUGAACGUUUGAGUCAGCCAAUCAGUGUCAAGGCCUCCAGAUUCUUCUGUAUCUUGAAAACAAAUGUAAUCUAGGAAAUCUGUUACGAUAAAAUAAUGCUGCGCUAUUAUAUUGUUGUGGAUAUUUAAUGUAUCCUGUUGUUUGUAAGGCAGUGGCAUGUACUCCCAAAAGGGCCUACUAUAGAGGGUAUAGUUGUGUUGUGUGGCAGUUCUCCUUAUCUAGGUCCAUAUCGAGGCGGGAGAGAAAUGAAGCCAAAUUGUUUUAAAAAGCUGAUAUUUGAUUUACUUAAGCACCCAUGUAUCCUUCAUUUGGAUUGGGCUGACAAAGUUUGCUCUGGGUUUAACUGUGUAUGUGACCUCAGAUCUUGACACAGACAAAUAUGUGAGUGAGUGAGUAUUGUUUUACGCCGCUUUUAGCAAUAUUCCAGCAAUAUCACGGCGGGGGACACCAGAAAUGGGCUUCACAUAUUGUACCCAAGUUGGGAAUCGAACCCGGGUCUUCGGCGUGACAAGCGAACGCUUUAACCACCAGGCUACCCGACCGCCCCUAUGUGAGUUGAGUGAGAUGACAUCACUAUAAAAUACCUUUGAAAGCUGAAGAUGAUGUAAAUGUGCUUAGAGUAAGCCCCAGAACAUUGUUGGUUUAGGGGAAAAAUGUGAUCUACACAUUAAUAAUGCACAGGAAACACGAAUAACUGGCAAGUAGGAGAGAGGAACCCAUUUAACUUAAUAUGUUGACAUCCUGGGCAAACACAAUUCUAAAUACAAGUUACUGUAUUUGACAUAUUAUGUGCCCAGGGCGCUCUCAAAAUUAGAAUUAGGGGGCUCUUAUUAGAAUAUUAUUUUGGUGAAAAAGACAGAGUUGAAAGAUAAAUUUCGUGGUUUAUGCUGACAUCCUGAAAUUUUUAUAUACGACUGAUAUAUUUUCCCAGAAUUUAGUUGCCCAUAAUUAAGGGUGCAUAUAACACAUGAGUGUGUAUUAUACCCAAAUAAAUAAGUAUUGUGUACAUCGAUCGAUCGGAAGGGGGGCUAAUUGGGAUUGUUCACUAGCCAAUAUAUUAGCAAAUAUCGCCGUGGGCACUUAUUAGAGCAGGGUGCUUAUUACAUCGAAUACGGUAGUUUCAAUAUAUAUUCACUAUGUUAUUCUUUGGUUUUGUGUGACACAAUUUGUGUGAGGCGGUUGGUUCAGUGGCACAAAAUGAAUGCUUCUACUGUUUUAAGUAUUACCACAGUACCGUGUUUAUAUGGUUACUUCUGAGAAUGCAAUGUUCUCAUUGAGACAAUUACACUUUUACAGUGGCCGCAGACUACUAAUCAAAAGAAGUCAUGGCAUGACAGAUUACCUAUAAUAAUAUGAAUGUGAAUGCAUUGAUUGAACCUUAACUUCUUUUGAGAAGUAUACAAUAGAUCCAGUCAUAUUAUAUUUUAAGAGUUCAUAGGUCCUUUUUGCAGUUAUGUUUUUUUUCUCUUUUGCGAUCAAAGACCUUGGUAUUAUUGUAUUCUGAACGUGACUUUGUCUCCAGUGGGACAAAUCCAUGAACAUACACAUGGAGAAGUGUCAUCUUCAUCUCUUUGUCUUUAUUCAAACUGACGAAAGCUGUCUCCAUGUACCUACUGUUUACAACACGAGUGAACACUUCUGUUUUUACACUCACCCUGGAAUAAAUUGUUAUGAUGACAAAUUGGUAAACAUAAAACAGUCUGACCGGUGAAAAUUUUGAAUGCAAAGCUCAGUUUCAAAUAGAACUGUGUAUUGGUUGCAGUGAAUGUGCCAUGAUUGAACGUUGCCAUGAUUAGACGAACUGUAGGUUGCAUGAGCAGCCCUAGCAAAUACAUGUAUAACAUCCUAAAUGUUGAACGGGAUCGGUAUCAAACUAUAUAAUCUUGCCAGGGGGAAGGUCCUGGUUUGGACAAUUCCUACCAUGUUACGGUGGGAAGAAUAGAACAUAUAGAUACAUUUAGUUUUGAAAUUCGACGAGAGGUCGAUCACGACCGCGAAACUGACGUUCAUAAGUGUUUGAACGACAUAUUUUGACGUUCAUACGUUUUUCACAAGAUUGUAUUCUUGAAAUGACAUAAACACUGACAGACUAUUUCCACAUUCUCAAGCGUGAAUAUAUACGGAAGCUUUGUUUUUGAACCUUAUAUCUUGAAUUAGGUGUUUUUGCAUACAUUAGGAUAAGUCUGAGAGUAUGACUGCAUGCCCAUUCAAGAAUAUCACCAUUACAACCCAUCCAUGUGAACAAAACAAGGAAAUGCACAUCCAAACUAAGGACGAUGUGUUUAUUGUGUCGGCCAUUGUGCUGUCAUUGUGACUGACUUACUGAGGUAGUUCUUAAGAGACCUUUUUCAUGUAAUGAGGGUCAAACAUUGGGCCAAAUGAGGGCAUGCUCCGACAUUCAUACAGUUUGGCCCUCACUCUAUGCAAGUUCAUACUCCAAUGAACUCACACUAAGUGAAAGAAACAAGAUUAUUAGCAAACAGGUUUGAUUGGUUAAUAGAAAGUAAGUCCAACCUGACUUGUCUUGGUAAUUGAGACUGCUAAAUACUGAGUGUUUGGAAGUGUACCAUAACUGGACACAAUGCAAUACCACCGAUCGUCUUUUGAUACAGAGCAAAUAAUAAACAGGAAUAACAAACUAUUGAGGUGAUAAUUGUUCAGUUGAUGAAAGCCAUGCUGGUCAGCUGGGCUGCUCUCUUGGCUGGUCUGAGUGAGCCAUGCUGCUGUCUUGGCUGGUCUGAGUGAGCCAUGCUGCAGUCUUGGCUGGUCUGAGUGAGCCAUGCUGCAGUCUUGGCUGGUCUGAGUGAGCCAUGCUGCUGUCUUGGCUGGUCUGAGUGAGCCAUGCUGCAGUCUUGGCUGGUCUGAGUGAGCCAUGCUGCUCUCUUGGCUGGUCUGAGUGAGCCAUGCUGCAGUCUUGGCUGGUCUGAGUGAGCCAUGCUGCUGUCUUGGCUGGUCUGAGUGAGCCAUGCUGCUCUCUUGGCUGGUCUGAGUGAGCCAUGCUGCAGUCUUGGCUGGUCUGAGUGAGCCAUGCUGCAGUCUUGGCUGGUCUGAGUGAGCCAUGCUGCUCUCUUGGCUGGUCUGAGUGAGCCAUGCUGCUCUCUUGGCUGGUCUGAGUGAGCCAUGCUGCUGUCUUGGCUGGUCUGAGUGAGCCAUGCUGCAGUCUUGGCUGGUCUGAGUGAGCCAUGCUGCAGUCUUGGCUGGUCUGAGUGAGCCAUGCUGCAGUCUUGGCUGGUCUGAGUGAGCCAUGCUGCUCUCUUGGCUGGUCUGAGUGAGCCAUGCUGCAGUCUUGGCUGGUCUGAGUGAGCCAUGCUGCUCUCUUGGCUGGUCUGAGUGAGCCAUGCUGCUGUCUUGGCUGGUCUGAGUGAGCCAUGCUGCUGUCUUGGCUGGUCUGAGUGAGCCAUGCUGCAGUCUUGGCUGGUCUGAGUGAGCCAUGCUGCAGUCUUGGCUGGUCUGAGUGAGCCAUGCUGCUCUCUUGGCUGGUCUGAGUGAGCCAUGCUGCUCUCUUGGCUGGUCUGAGUGAGCCAUGCUGCAGUCUUGGCUGGUCUGAGUGAGCCAUGCUGCAGUCUUGGCUGGUCUGAGUGAGCCAUGCUGCUCUCUUGGCUGGUCUGAGUGAGCCAUGCUGCUCUCUUGGCUAGUCUGAGUGAGCCAUGCUGCUCUCU